GGCGACUGGAUGUGUUUAUAGGACAGCACAAUAUAGUGGAAUAUAUCAAAGCGCCUAUCUAAAAAUUAGAUGGUGAUGGAUUUUCGGUUAUUAGGACCACUGAGCCCUAAAGAGUGCAUCAAAUGGCUCGAGGAUUAUAAGACUGCGUUACAGAAUUCGCCACUAGGGGGCAGUCUGACAGGAGUACAACAUUGCAUCAGGAGGCUACACGUGCAGAGAAAGGAAAUCGAAGGCUUUAGGGAACUCAUAGAAAGAUAUAAGUCGUUAGGGACGUCACGAGAUGACAUCGAUGGCUUAGAGUCCCGAUACAGUUCAUUAGUGGAAUCCGCCCAUUACCGUCAAAAGAAUUUAGAAACAGUACUCCAAGUAGUUGAGGUAGAAGACUUUUAUCAGAAUCUGUCCAAUGAAGUAAGCGAGAGGGCUCUAAAUCUCGUAGCCAGUGAGAUAGUGCCCACCUACCCUUCAAAGUCUUUCGUACAAGAGGACCACCUAGACGCGCACAAGUUGAACGAGACAUGGCAAUGGUUAGACAAAGUCUCGGAGUGUCAGGAGGUCCAUACGAAGAAUGCCGCAACAUAUCACCAGUUUUACCACCGAGCACAUAUCGUCGAAAGAAGAAUCGCAGGCGUGGCUGUCAAGCUAAAGAAAUAUCAGACAGAGAUACAGUACUUCGAUCCACAUUCUCUUAUACACACAGUAAGGGAUGCAUCUAAGACACUCCUGCAGCUGCAAGAGCAAGUCGAAUGGCUAUCGAAGACAUGUUUAGACGUCCAGCCGCUAAAGCAGAGAAGAAGGCCAGACUGUCCGCAGAAAGUUCGCGCGUUGGUAACUUACGCGCAUGAUGACAUAUCAGUCAUCAAGGGCCAUGUUUACGAAAUAGUUGAAGCCGUGGACCAAAGCAAAUGGAUGAAAGGCCAAUGUUCUUGUCUCCAAAGGUCACCCAAUUAA